UGUGAAGAAAAUACAUAGAGAUGCCACGCUUCCAUUUCUAUGUAUUAUAUUACACCUAUAAAUGCAGUUUCUCUCACAACUUGCCAUGCACCGUUCCUAGCGGAUUAGGGUAAUAAACAAAUCUGUACAGGGAGGGGAACAUCGGGACUUUUUAUUUCUCCCUUCGACCUCUGCGAGCCUUUUGCAGCAACAAUUUAGCAGAAUUUUACUUACCAGAGGGGGAAGGGAAACAUAUUUUAUGUUAUUUAUUUCAGUGUGAGUCGUGUGCCAAAAGUAUGUUGUCAAAAUUUGGAAAUCAAUUCGGCGAUAGAUUUCAUUUUGCAAAGUGAAGUGAUCGGAAACGGUUGCAGUUGCACUACAGUGACUUUUUGACUUUAUAUUCCAAUAUUUGUGUGUAGUUUUCAUUGACAGUUUAGUUAAAUAUUGAAAUAGUGAUCAUGGCAGCCGCAUAUCCUUAUUAUCCGGAGUACAAUUCAAGUUAUAUCAACGCUUGCUAUAACUAUGGACAGUCUGCUUAUGAUUAUCAGAAUGGAUACCAAUAUUCAUCCACAGUCGCACAGAGUACCGCUUAUCAUAGCUUGUAUUCGAAUCAACAGGCUAUAAAUCAACAGAAUGUGGAACAGAACGAACCAUCGCACAAUACUACUAAAGCUGCUCAAAAUGUGACAUCGUCAGCAUAUGCAACGGAGCAAGGUCCUUCAGCUGUUAGAAGCAAUGUGAAUUAUUAUGCUAACUAUCACUAUUACGGAAAUCAAGCACAUUACCAACAGCCGCUAAGUAAUCCGCAUACUCAUGAACAAAGUGAAUAUUUUCGUUAUCCUAAUGAACAAUAUCCAACAAAAAAUUUAACAACAGUAUCAAAUGAAAAGAAGAUAAAUGAAACCCUGAUUGAAGAAAAGCCUAUGCAUUGCUUCAAUAACGAAUUAUCAGUUAAAAAGUCCAACUUCACCAAUGUUCGGGCUGAUUCGACCAAAAGAAAAUCGUCAUGCGUUAUUGAUGAUUCGCCAGCUUUGCGAGCAUUACUAACGAACCCAGCGAAGAAACUCAAAUACAAUCCAGGAUACAACGCUUGUACUAUUAAGGAUAACAUGUCGUCUGCAAACGAUCACAUCGUACCUGAAUUCAUCCCACCGUCACCGAAUAAAACCGAUGAUAGUAUUGACAGCAUACUGGAGAACGUUCAAAGCGGUUUUGAAAUGAGAUCACACUCCAACGCGAAAGUAAUUACGCCAAAUCCUGUUGUAGUUCCUAGUUAUGAAUGUGUUAGUACUCCGCCACUUUCACCCAAGUACGUUGAUUCAGCUGCAUCAUCGCCUUCCCAGUUAGACUCAGAUGGUAAUCGAAAGGAAACAUCGAAACGCACUCGUCAAUCCUAUUCUCGUCAUCAAACAUUGGAGCUGGAAAAAGAAUUCCACUCAAACAAAUACCUUACUAGAAGACGUCGAAUUGAAGUAGCCAAUGUUCUACGUUUGACAGAACGACAAGUCAAAAUUUGGUUCCAGAACCGAAGAAUGAAAGCUAAGAAAGACAAAUCCAUUCUCAGCCCAGAGCAUUCAUAUGAGGAUCCUGGACGGUCCACAUACUAUGAUUUACCAAACUUCCCUGCUCAGUUGGAUUACAAUUUGGCUCAUGCAUCACCGGAACAGCAACAACAACGAUACAGAUGCUAUCAUUCAACAUCUCAGCAUAAUAAUAACUACCAACAAUGUUCUUCGCUUCUGUAAUGUUGAAUUGAAAAUUUGUGUUUCUAGUGACUGAUAUUUGUGAUGCCUUUGUAGUCAAAUAACUAUGUUCCUAUUACGAUUAAGUGUUAGUUUUAAGUAGAUGUAAAUUUAUUAGCUCGUAUUGUAAAACAAAUUAUUGUACAGUUAGGGUAAAAACACGAUUAUUUCCUAAUAAACAAGAUAUCAGCAAA